AGACUUGCACUAGUACUGGCAGCCUCUUGCAGACUCUAAAAUCCUAGACUGAUCCCCAACUUAUUCUACUCGUCUCUUGUUAUUUCUUGCUUUUUGCCGAAUCCGGGACGUUUUACGAGGAAAAACAGAGAGACGAGACUUGCGCGACAGCAGUGGCGCAGACAUUCAUAUAGCGCCGACCAGUUACCAGCCGUUCGAAGUCAUGAAUGACCCUCUCCCGACGCCACCACUGAAUACGGCAUCAGCGGGACCUUCCACGCCCCCUCCAGCAGAUAAUUCGCAGAAUGCGACAGUGUCUUCGGACGCUAGUUUGUCGCUUGAUGGUUUGCUCAUGCAGAUCACGUCCAUCAACGACCCCGAGGCCUUGGACAAAACGCUGCGAACAUUUGCGCCGAAGGAAGUGAGGGAAACGAUACUGGGCAGCUUACUGCCAGAUGGCGCGGACCCGUUACAAGUGUUGGACGUGAGAAGGAAUACGCUGGGGAUCCUUUAUCUAUUGUCAGCUCGACUGCAGGUCAACGCCGCCGGUGCGCCACCUCAGCAUGUGAUCGAGACAUUUUGUCGUGAGUUCGACCAAGCACAAGCUAGGGUCGCACCUGAGCGAGUAACGAUGCUUGCGAGAGGAAUCAUACAACUAGGACAGCAAGUUGGCGAUGUAAAGCUCGCUGUGAAGCCUUUGCACGACCUUCUAGUCCGCUUCCCUCCAAGCUUGUCCUAUCUGACACCAUUGCACGGACUCUUUGUGACUGCUUGCGUCGCUAGCCGGCAAUUUGCCGUCGCAGAGCCCGUCCUCUCAACACCCAUCACCCAGAUCAAUACCGCUUUCUUCCCCGAUCUUACCUACCUCGACAAUCUCGUGUAUCACUAUGCUGGCGGCACGGUGUAUGCCGCACUGAAGCAAUGGGAGGAGGCCGAGGACUUCUUUGAAAUCGUGGUGGGCGCACCGGCGUUGGUGCCCAGCGCUGUCCAGCUCGAAGCUGGGAAGAAGUUGAUAUUGGUGCAGCUUAUCAAAGACGGCAAGUCAAACAAUCUGCCAAAGUAUGCGAACGGAAGUCUACAGCGGCAGUUGAAGAACUCGCCAUACUAUGGAUUGACGCGGCACUACCCUCAGCAACAAGCCAAGCUCGAGCAACUUGUCGAGAAAGAGAGAGAGACGUUCGAGAAGGAUCAGAACAUGGGACUCGUCCUGCAGGCGCUGGAUCAUGCCCCUAGAUGGGCCAUCAAGAAGCUAACUGGGACAUAUCUGACCCUGAGUGUUUCCGAGAUUGGGAAGACGGUAAACAUGGCGGGCAAGGACGAAGCUGUCCAGCGACUAAUAUUGAGCAUGAUUGAGAAAGAAGAGAUCGAUGCAACACUGUCGAUGGACGGAAUCGUUACUUUCAACGAAGAUCACUCGGCCUUACCUAUGAAGCGAAUGUUGUCCAAGACGGAGGUUGACAACGCUCUGAAGGAGGCUCAGCAGCAGGCAGCGAUUCUCAGGCAACUCGAACGCGAGAUCGGGAAGAGUAGAGAGUAUUUGCUAAAGGCUGCGAAAGUGAAGGAUAAUGACUGGUCGGGACCAGGGGGUCCAGACGAGGAGCUUUUGUUCGAUGUAACACCAAGCGCGACAUGGGCAGACGAUGCCUAAGUCAAC